AUGCUCCGCUCAAUACCUCGAGCUCUCCCCCGCGUGGCCCGCCUCAACCAGGUCCGCCCCGCCGCGCUCGCCGCCUAUGUCGCCCAGCCCAAGGCUAUCCGCGCCUACGCCACCGAGGCCAAGGCUGUCGCUCCCUCGCCCAACGACGCCUUCGCCAACGGUGCCAACCAGUACUACAUUGAGGAGAUGUACCGCAACUGGAAGAACGACCCCAAGUCGGUUCACUCGUCGUGGAACGCUUACUUCUCGGGCCUUGACAAGGGCCUCCCCUCGUCGCAGGCUUUCCAGCCCCCUCCCGGCAUCUCGUCGACCCCCGGAGGCAACCCCACCAUCUCCCUUGACGGCCAGGGUGGUGAAUUGAACGACUACCUCAAGGUUCAGCUCCUCGUCCGUGCUUACCAGGUCCGUGGUCACCACAUCGCCAAGCUCGACCCCCUCGGCAUCAACGACGCCGACCUCGACGGCACCACCCCUCCCGAGCUUAAGCUCGAGUACUACGGCUGGACUGAGGCCGACCUCGACAAGAAGUUCAAGCUUGGCCCCGGCAUCCUCCCCCGUUUCGUUGGCUCCGUUCAGGGUGACGAGCUCACUCUUGGUGACAUCAUCAAGGAGCUCAAGCAGAUGUACUGCACCGACAUCGGCGUCCAGUACGUCCACAUCUCGGACCGCGGACAGUGCGACUGGAUCCGUGAGCGCGUCGAGGUCCCCACCCAGUGGAAGUACUCGACCGAGGAGAAGCGUAUGAUUCUCGACCGUACCAUCUGGUCGGAGCUCUUCGAGAAGUUCAUCGCCUCCAAGUACCCCAACGAGAAGCGUUUCGGUCUCGAGGGAUGCGAGUCGCUCAUCCCCGGUAUGAAGGCUCUUAUUGACUCUUCCGUCGAAAAGGGCGUCAAGUCGGUUGUCAUCGGUAUGCCCCACCGUGGUCGUCUCAACGUUCUCGGCAACGUUAUCCGCAAGCCCAUUGAGGCCAUCCUCAACGAGUUCGCCGGCAACAUGGACGGUGCCGACAACGGCGGUGGUGACGUCAAGUACCACCUUGGUGCCAACUACGUUCGCCCCACCCCCUCGGGCAAGAAGGUCUCGCUUUCGCUCGUUGCCAACCCCUCCCACCUCGAGGCUGAGGACCCCGUCGUUCUCGGCAAGACCCGUGCCAUCCAGCACUUCGAGGGUGACGAGGGCACCCACGACUCGGCCAUGGGCGUUCUCCUCCACGGUGACGCCGCGUUCGCCGGUCAGGGUGUCGUCUACGAGUCCAUGGGUCUCUCCCACCUCGCCAACUACGGCACCGGUGGUACCAUCCACAUUGUCGUCAACAACCAGAUCGGUUUCACCACUGACCCCCGCUUCUCGCGUUCGACCCCCUACCCCUCGGACAUUGCCAAGGCCAUUGACGCUCCCAUCUUCCACGUGAACGGUGACAACGUCGAGGCCGUCAACUUCGUGUGCAUGCUCGCUGCCGAGUGGCGCGCCACCUUCAAGAAGGACGUUGUCGUCGACAUUGUCUGUUACCGUCGCCACGGACACAACGAGACUGACCAGCCUUCGUUCACCCAGCCUCGCAUGUACAAGGCCAUCCAGAAGCAGCCUACCGUCCUGAGCAAGUACUCUGACCAGCUCAUCAAGGAGGGCACCUUCACCGCCAAGGAGAUUGAGGAGCACCGCCAGUGGGUCUGGGGCAUGCUCGAGAAGGCCUUCGACGCUUCCAAGGAGUACACCCCCUCGCCCCGUGAGUGGCUCUCGUCCUCGUGGGAGGGCUUCCCCUCGCCCGAGGAGCUCGCCAAGGAGGUUCUCCCUCACCACCCCACCGGUGUCUCCGAGGAGAAGCUUAAGGAGGCCGGCAAGGUCAUCUCGACUUUCCCCGAGGGCUUCACCCCCCACAAGAACCUUGCCCGUAUCAUUCAGAACCGUGGCAAGACUAUCGCCGAGGGCAAGGGCAUCGACUGGUCGACUGCCGAGGCUCUCGCCUUCGCCACCCUCUGCACUGAGGGCACUCACGUCCGUGUCUCCGGCCAGGACGUCGAGCGUGGUACCUUCUCGCAGCGUCACGCCGUCGUCCACGACCAGGAGAACGAGUCGACCUACACCUUCCUGAAGCACGUCUCCCCCGACCAGGGCUCCUUCACCGUCUCCAACUCGCACCUUUCCGAGUACGGCACCAUGGGCUUCGAGUUCGGCUACUCGCUCGUCUCCCCCAACUCUCUCACCAUGUGGGAGGCUCAGUUCGGUGACUUCGCCAACAACGCCCAGUGUAUCAUUGACCAGUUCCUCGCCUCUGGUGAGCGCAAGUGGUUCCAGCGCACCGGUCUCGUCGUUUCGCUUCCCCACGGUUACGACGGUCAGGGUCCCGAGCACUCGUCUGGUCGUCUCGAGCGCUUCCUCCAGCUCUGUGACGACGACCCUCGUGUCUUCCCCACCCCCGAGCAGAUGGAGCGCCAGCACCAGGACUGCAACAUGCAGAUCGUCUACCCCACGACCCCUGCCAACUACUUCCACGUCCUCCGUCGCCAGCAGCACCGUGACUUCCGCAAGCCCCUGGUUGUCUUCUUCUCAAAGAACCUCCUCCGUCACCCGCUCGCUAAGUCUGACCUCUCCGAGUUCACUGGCGACUCCGUCUUCCAGCGCUACCUCCCUGAGCACGCGCCGGAAUCGCUCGUUGAGCCCGAGAAGGUUCGCCGUGUCGUCCUUUGUUCCGGUCAGGUCUGGACCCAGCUCGUCACUGAGCGUGAGAAGCGCGGUAUCAAGGACGUCGCCAUCGUUCGUCUGGAGCAGAUCAGCCCUGUUCCUUAUUCCGCCAUCGUCGAAGACCUCGACCGCUACAAGAACGCGGACAUUAUGUGGUGCCAGGAGGAGCCGCUGAACAACGGUGCCUGGUCCUACAUUGGUCCCCGUCUGGAGCUUGCUCUUGACCACACUCAGAACCACAAGGGCAAGCGCGUUGGUUACUCUGGCCGUGGCCCCUCUGCCUCUGUCGCUACCGGAUCGAAGGUUGCGCACAAGCGUGAGGUCGAGGCCAUCGCCAACGACGCUCUUGCCGCGUGA